GUCAGAUCAUAUACUACUGCUUCUCACGUUAAGUUCUAAUGUUAUACAUAAACAACGAAAUAUGUUGCUAAUCAACAAGAAAACAGAUUGGGACCUCUUUAGAACGAAUCUAGACGAGACCUUAACCCUCACAGUAAAACUAAGAACACCUAUUGAAAUUGAUAGUGCUGUUGAACAACUGACUAAUAACAUUGUAAAAGCGGCGAAAGCGGCAACACCCAUAACACCAACAAGUGGUAAUUGUGAGAUUACCUACGCAAAAGAAAUUAGGAAACUAGUAAAACAAAAACGAAAGGCACGAAAAAAAUGGCACCAAACGAGAGAUCCUUCGAAUAAAACAGUCUGGAAUCGCACUAGCGAACUUUUACAUGACAAAAUUCAAAAAAUAAAUAACGAAACGUUCAAAUCAAACUUAAGUGAAUUUUCUGCAACGAAUAACACUGAUUAUUCAUUAUGGAAGGCUACAAGACGCAUAUCCAAAUGGAAGAUGGAUCAUGGGCACGCUGUGAACAAGAUAAAGCAGAUAUGUACGCACGUCAUUUAG